UUAAUGGGAUAGCAUCCCAUUCUGACAAAGCUGGAGAUUAAUGGGGAAAUUCCGAGAUGACUUGGAACUCCCAGCCCUGCUCAAUGGAGAAUGCAACCAUUUUUAAACCAGGUAAAAUCCACGGAAGGGUGUCAAAUGCUACUUGCAUUACCUUCUGCUGCAGCAGCUGCAGCAGGCUGGAAUGGUACUGCUACUUUGUGUUUAUACUUUGCUUCUUAGUUGUGCUAAUAGGAUUUCUUGGGAACAUGUUCACGCUGCUCUAUUAUAUUUACACUGUGAAAUCGUGGACCAGCAGUACUGUAUUUUUAUUCAAUUUGGCACUGUGUGACUUCACCUGGAUUUUCCUGAUUCCCUUUUCAGCCUACUACCUUCUGCUUAACCACACAGCAUAUUCUACCCAGAUAUUCUGCCAGGUUAAACGAGUGUUCUUCGACAUUAACGUCUAUGGGAGCAUCUAUUUUCUCACGCUUAUCAGUUUUGACCGAUUUCUAGGUGCCGUCCACCCAAUUCGUUCCUUAAAGUGGUUGGAUAAAAGCAGAGCUACGUACUGCACCAUCGCCAUAUGGAUCCUCAUUUUCAUAGAGUCCAUUCCUGAUUUUUACUACACAUUCAUGGUCCAGAGGAAAAGGGAAUCUGCAGCUUGCCUGGAUAAAGUGGGGGACCCUCUGCACUUUGCGGUGCCUUUUACCAUUUUCAGAGUUCUGUUUGGAUUCCUUAUUCCAGUCAUAGUCAUCUUUACAUGUUACACGUUGACUGUGAAAGCGUUACAGAAAAUGAAAAGCCGCCAACAGAGAAGACACCGCAUUGGAAAGUCCUUGAUAUUGGUUUUAGCUGCCAUGGUUGUUUUUGCGGUGGCAUUCAUUCCCUAUCAUGCCAUGACGACGGCAGUGAUCAUUUACAGAAUGAAUUACCAGCUCAACUCUGACAAUAUACACCUGAUAGUUGUCAUUUAUAAGUUCACCGAAGUCAUUUGUGUUUUGAGCAGCUCCCUAAACCCCAUCAUUUUCGUGCUGGCGAGCAAGAAAUUCCAAGAUAAGGUCAAAACCAUGCAGUGUUCUCCUAAACACAAAUGUCAUUGCUGUCGAUCACAUAAAGUUGGGGACACUGCAGCUGCACUUUGA